GUGUUCGUUCUUCUUUCCUCCCCCAUGCCAUUAAAGAGAUUGAAGAGUCUUUCAAAGAUACUCUCUCCCAGUUCCCAUCGACUUGAACUUACACAAACAACUUCUUAGGAAAGGACUCUUAUUAGCCAAUGGGAUGCCGAAACUUGUAAGUCACAUGGGAGUCUGGAACCCAAUAGUUGCCCAUGUCAGCAAGAGCAUGUCACCAAAAAGGAAAAUUUCCUUCAACCCUCAGUUUCAGCACAUUCUUGCAAGACAAGGAUAUAUAUAUAUAUAUAUAUAUAUAUUUUAGAAUGAAUAGUAUCAGUAAUAGUGUUACUAUUUUGUUCUUUAUAUACCUGACUUGAUCACCAUUUGAUCCUGCGCGCAGGGUUAAAAUUGUUACGACGAAAUGGCUAAGACAAUCAGCUUGUUUGGAUUUACUUCAAUUAAGCCUGCAAUAGAAAUUAAGGAAUUUGUGGAGGGAUACACUGGUAAAGGAGCAGUCUAUGAUGUAGUAGAAGUUGCGCAAAAAGAAGGCUCAAGGGCAUACGCCAUAGUUGAAUUCACAACUAUGGAAGCUGCAGAGUAUAUCGUGUCCAUGGCUGCUGAACGACGUUUAUGGGAUGGAAAUUCUUAUCUGAAAGCUCGUUAUGUUGACCAUGAUAGAAAUUCACCUGAGGAGAAGACCCCGCAGCACAGGAUUGAUAACGCAAGACUGAACUUCGGCUGGCAGAUUUCAGAGGAGAAUUUUUAUGUGCUCUGGUCACAGGAAAAUGUUUCUGUGAAAUUUGACUCCGAUCUCAGAAAUUUUAGCUGCUUUCUAUCUUAUGAUUCUGUGGAUUAUAAGCUUAACGUUCCGCACGAGACAAUUUGGCAGAUCCAGCUACAACGCCCACAUGGUCAGUCUGUGAAGUUUCUUGUCAUCCAGUUAUAUGGUGCUCCUCUUAUUUAUAAGAAAGAAAUCCACUGGAACCGGACAGUUGAUUUUACUCCAUCCUCCUGCAUUGGACAAUCAACUGCUAUGUGUUUAGAGCUUCCAGGCAGGGGUCAUGUUCCGAAAGCUCUGAAAGAUUUCUUUUUCUACAAGGAAAGUCCAGGGAAGUUCAGUCUAGAGAAAGGUUCUACUUUCUCAAACAAUUCUGAUCUUGUCCCAUUUAUAAGUGCACCCCAAGGCAUCGACUUGCCAUAUAGGAUGCUGUUCAAAAUCAAUUCCUUGAUUCAGCACGGCUGUAUUCCUGGGCCAGUACUUGAUGCCAAGUUCUUUCGCUUCUUUGAUCCAUGCAUAAUGGAUAUAGCAUUCAUGGAACGUGCAUUGAAGAAGCUGUUUAAUCUAAGAGAAUGCUGCUAUGAUCCUGUAAGCUGGCUCAAAGAGCAAUACAUAAACUAUUCUAGGUCUAAGACACUUCUUGGAUCGCCUGCCAUUGCCUUGGAUGAUGGGUUAGUAUACGUGCACAAGGUUUUGGUAACCCCCACUAAGAUAUACUGUUGUGGUCCAGAAGUCAGUCUAUCCAAUCGCGUCUUACGCAGUUAUCCUGAUGACAUCGAUAAUUUUCUUCGUGUUUCAUUUGUUGAUGAGGAUAUGGACAGAUUGUUUUCAACAGUUUUAUCUCCCAAGGCAUCAGGAGGAAAGCGUACUAGAAUUUAUGACAGGAUACUGUCAAUUCUCCGAAAUGGCAUAGUCAUCGGAGACAAGAAGUUCGAAACUCUUGCUUUCUCAAAUAGUCAAGUAAGAGAGAAUACCUUAUGGAUGUUUGCAUCUAGACCUGGGCUUACUGCAGCAGAUGUUAGAAAGAGCUUGGGUGAUUUUAGUGAGAUAAAAAAUGUGGCAAGAUACGCAGCCAGGCUUGGUCAGUCUUUGAGCGCAUCCAGAGUAGCUGUGCACGUUGGUAGGAAGGACAUGGAAAUCAUUCCUGAUGUAAAAGUCGAAAGGAAAGGAAUUAAAUAUGUUUUCUCUGAUGGGAUCGGGAAAAUAUCUUCUGAAUUAGCAGAAGAAGUGACGAAAAAAUGUGGUUUCACAAGUUAUACUCCAUCUGCAUUCCAAAUACGAUAUGCUGGGUUCAAAGGAGUUGUAGCUGUUGAUCCAAAUUCUUCAGUGAAAUUAUCAUUAAGACCCAGUAUGUUAAAAUACGAAUCAGACAGCACUAGUCUAGACAUUUUGGACUAUAGCAAAUAUCAGCCUUCUUUUCUAAAUCGCCAGUUGAUCACCCUUUUGUCGACGCUUAGUAUUAAAGAUGAUGUUUUUGAAAGGAAGCAGAGGGAGUUCAUAGCUCAAUUAGAUGCUAUUUUGACAGACCCUUCAAGGGCACUUGAGGCACUUGGAUUCAUGUGUUCAGGGGAGAGUGCAAAUGUUCUCAAGGAAAUGCUUAAGUGUGAUUAUAGGCCAGAUGAAGAACCGUUUCUCUCACUGAUGCUACAGACAUUCCGUGCAUCAAGUCUGCAUGACUUGCGAACGAAAGCAAGGAUAUUUCUUCCAAAAGGACGACAUAUGAUGGGAACUCUGGAUGAGACAGGGACAUUAGAAUAUGGACAGAUUUUUGUGCAGUAUUCUCACUCCAGAUCUAGUCAAUUUUCGGAUGAUUUCUCCUUGCAGUUUCGCAGAAAAGAAUCAAGUCAAACUAGUGUUUGUGAAGAUAGGGUGGUGGUUGCUAAAAAUCCAUGUCUCCAUCCAGGAGAUAUGCGCGUUUUAAAAGCUGUGGAUGUGCCAGCCUUGCACCACAUAGUUGAUUGUGUGGUUUUCCCAGCAAAAGGAAAAAGACCCCAUCCAGAUGAAUGUUCAGGGAGUGACCUUGAUGGCGAUAGGUAUUUUGUGUGCUGGGAUCCUGAUCUCAUUCCUUCUCGUCAGUUUCAACCCAUGGAUUAUACCCCUGGAAAAUCUAAGGUUUUGCAUCGUGAUGUUACGAUUGAGGAUGUUGAGAAGUACUUCGUUGACUUUAUUGUCAACGACAGCUUGGGCAUAAUCAGUAAUGCCCAUGUUGUCUUUGCAGAUAAAGAACCUGAGAAAGCAAGGAGUAGGCAAUGUCUUCAGCUCGCCCGGCAAUCCUCCAUUGCUGUGGAUUUCCCAAAAACUGGUGUGGCAGCCAAAAUACCAAGUGAACUUCGUGUUGAUAAGUAUCCAGACUUCAUGGAUAAGCCUGAGCAUAUGACCUAUCAAUCAGAGCGUGUGAUGGGAAGGCUGUAUCGAGAGGUAAAAGGCAUUGCACCACAUGAAGCGGCUAUCAAAUCCUUCACAAAGGAAAUAGCAAUUAGGUCUUUUGAUUCAGAUAUGGAAGUUGAUGGUUUCAAGAAAUACGUCAAUGAAGCUCUCCAUUACAAAUGCGAGUACGAUAGUCAGCUGAGUAAUCUGAUGAAGCAUUUUGGCAUUGAAACUGAGGCAGAAAUAGUCAGUGGCUGCAUCAUUAAAAUAGCAAAAUGUUUUGAUAAAAGAAGGGAUUUGGAUACAAUUACUUCUGCCACAAGGUCCAUAAGAAAAGAAGCUAGGGCCUGGUUCAACAAGUCAUGUGAGUCAGGUUCUAGUAAUUCUGAUGGUGAUGAUGCAUAUGCAAAGGCUUCAGCAUGGUAUUAUGUAACAUACCAUCAUAGUUAUUGGGGUCACUGCAUCAAAGAAGGAAUUAGCCGUGAACAUUUCCUUAGCUUUCCAUGGUGUAUUUAUGACACCCUCAUUGAGAUCAAGAAUAAAAAGAAAAAUGAGCGACUAAGAGCAGCAAGUGAUGGACAUUUUCUUCCAUCACUAGUAUGCCAUUUCGGUAAUGGAAUGCGCUUUUAGUUGGUGGAGCGAUUUGAAUGGUUUCAGUACCUAAGUAUCAGCAUAUACUUGUUCCUAUAUAGUGAAGGUGCUGAUAUGCUCAGGUGGUCUCCUUCUUCAUGUCUUGGCGGGGAAAUCAUGCUCUCUGGUGCCAGAUAUCUGUGUGUUCCUUGCUGGAACAGAUUGUAUUUGCGUGGUUGAUGCUGUUUUGCCAACCUGUUACUGACAGAUGCAAGUUGCUGCUUUGGUUGUGUAAGGGAGUUUUUUUCUGUUUCUGUGGAAUCGUUACUUAUUGGGUGAAUGAUCUCUGCGUUUUCUGUUCUGCUUCUGCUUCCUUUGGGCGGUUGUUGGGUUGGCUUGUCUGUUAGUUUCCUGCUUUGCUUUGGCUGUCUUGCUCUGCUUUUGCUUGGUCUUGGGUUGCUUUGUAUGGUGUUGCUGCUGUCUUGUCCCCUAUUUUGCAUUUGUGGAGAUAGUAAGACAAGAUGGGCAACUCUAUGGUAGAAGUGUGUCGUUGUAAUAAUGUAUUUUUUCAGAAGUGUGUUGUGUGUUCAAUACUGGAUACCUGUAUUCAGUUCAUGUAAUAAAAUAAAUGUUUGGAUUGCUGCC